UAGUAACUAGCACCAUGAAAAUAUGGAUUGCACUACACAUAUUUGUUGCGUAUACAACAAUAACUAAAGGAGACGCUCCAUUUCAACCACGUGAGAAAUCAGUGCCUUUUAUUGUUUAUUUUUUAUCACGUUAUCGAGGCAUUUGCGUUGGUACUCUGGUGUCAAGAACUGCUGUUUUAACAGCAGCGGUUUGCGUUACCCAUCCGCUAACAGUUACCAAGGACACGAGGCCCAUUAACGUGGUUGCUACUACGUUCUAUCGACAUCCAAGACGAGGAAUAAGAAUACAAGUUACCAAGAUUAUCAUACCAAAAUGGGUCAACGUAACAUCGAAUCGUGGUUAUUUGAUGCAAAGUUCACCAGCACUUAUGUUACUGAAGCAAACGGUGCCGGACAUCAUAGCCGAGGUACCAAUGCGAGGCAUCCCCGUUGACUUCGAAAACGAAAGCUUUACUCUCCACGACGAAUGCGCUAUGAUCGGAUGGCAUUUCUUCUACAAAGGAGAUGUAAUAUAUCAAAAGAAGAAAUUUCUCCUACAAAGGAAUAUGCGUGUGCAAUUUCUGAAUAUUGCUAAAAGACGUUUAUGGUGUGACCCGUUGUCAGUGAGAUUUCACGCAGCACUUGUAAAUCUCGGCUUCAUUGGUUAUUCAGAUGAAAGCGCAGCAAUAUGUAUUAGAGAUGCAGAAAGAACUGCCCAACCGUGUCACGGUAUGUAUGGAUCGCCGUUGAUCUGCCACGGCGCUUUGGUUGGAAUGAUGAUGGCACCGGACGCUCAGUGGUCUAACUGCACGGGCUUUAGCAACCUGAUACACGUAUUCAAGAGUAAAUCACUUAUCUCUUACAUGAAAUGCGUUCAAAGCCUUUUCGUUCCUGAAUUCGUCAUGGAUUGGGACACCAUGAAGAAAUCAUUCCACGAAGAAGUGAAGGAUGAAUACGAUUAUGUUACAGAACUAUAUGAUGGACUAUUAGAAAACUCGGGCAGCACAGAAGAGAAGUGAAGUCAUAGAUUUAA